CUGUGUCCUCCAUCCAGUGAAUGGCUGGCUUUGUCGGCAUGGUCGGUCACGUAACACGUUGAGUUCAUUUCCCUUUUGACGUUGCCUUUUUGUCCGGUCACUUCCAUUUCCAAUGUAAUAUGCCGGUGAGUUCAUCAGGACCUACAAUUCAAGUAGAAGUUGUGCAGUUCCAUGUUAUGAAAUUGAUGUCAUCAAUUCGCGUUUUGUCCCACUAACGAUACACAAAAAUGACAAAGGUGCAUUAAAAACAUCAAGGUGAUUGUGAUAUCGAUCAGUUACGUGUAGAUUUUGAAAGGAAUGAGGUGCCGCUUUUGGAUGUGUGCCAGCAAAUCAUGGCAUUGUUUGGUGCUCAGCUUAUUCUGACCAUCAUAGCCGUAAGCUUUCUUCAUAAAUUCACUCCGUACCACUCCCUGGCAGAAUGGCUUCUUGCAAGAGGAAAUCUUGUCCGCUAUAUGUACCCAAAAGAUGAAGAAUUACGGAAACUUGCGGGGAUCACAGUCAGUAAAGGAAGACAUCGUAAAAACAGAUCAGAACACAGUAGACGCAUCAGUCUCCUGGAGAACUCCGAGGACAAGUCUUUCUCCGUGCCCAAGAAUAUUGACCUGGACUUACGUACCCGCGUCAUUGAGCCCCUGCACGUGAUGGUGCUGCGCUUCUUCAGCGAGUACCGCUGGCUGGUGGACUUCUCGGCAGCAUCGCUGAUUGUGUACGCCCUGACGGAAUCCUGGCUUCAAAGUAGGGGAGACUUCAACUUGAGUCUUAUCUGGAUAGUCAUGAUGGCCGGGUUUGCACUUCAGGUGCUGUUUCUACUGACGGCGUUGUACUUCUCCAGUGAGGAGGAUGGCGAGCGAUCCUUGUGCAUCACGUUUGGUUUCUUCUUUGCUCUGGUUGCCAUGGCAGUGCUUAUCGUCCCCGAGGAGAUUCUGGAAUUUGGACUUGACGAAGCUUAUGAGAACUUCACCUCCGGCGCGAUAGACUUCUUGAAGGAACAGGACCUGCCCUCCAGCGGGCCCAUCUCAAAGAUCGCCUUCAAGUCCCUGAUCGGAGUCUGUGCUGCUCUGCUCGGGGCCUUCUUGGCCUUCCCCGGUCUCCGCAUCGCCAAGAUGCAUGUGGAUUCCAUCAGGUUUGCUGUUGACCGACCAGUCAUGCAGAUCGUACUACACACCAGUUUUCUGUUUCCCAUGCUGAUCACGUUGAUGUGGGUGAAGCCCAUUGGCAGAGACUACUUGUGCAACCCUGCCACUGGCAAGAGAAUGACUGGCAAAGACGAACCACUAAUGAGCUCCUUGACCUUUGACCUAAUUCGUAUGUCACUGGUACCCAUGCUGUGUGUACUGCGCAUGCUGUUGAUGACCCACUACCUACAGUCCUAUCUUAACAUGGCCAAAGAUAAAGUGGAAAAGCUGAAACAAGAGGCUGGACGAAUCAACAGCUUGGAGCUCCAAAAGACUGUUGUACGGGUCUUUUACUACUUGUGCGUUGUCACAUUGCAAUACUUAGCACCAAUGCUCAUACUACUCAGCUUUACGUGUCUACUGAAGUCACUUGGAGGUUAUUCCACGGGGUUGUUUGAAUCAUCUCCAGUCAACUCCACCGCUUCCGUUCCCAAAACUUCCCCAGCUGUCUCGCCACAAUCGGAGGUCGCCAGUGCCGAGGCCACCGCCGAACAUUUCAAAAUUGCCCUGGAGAACCUGCGCAACGUUUUUUCGCCUGUGUUCUUCCGGGGCGUCUUCUCGUUCCUGACGUGGUGGACGGCCUUUGCUUGGUUCAUCACAAGCCUCUUUGGGAUUGCCUACCACAUGUACUUCACCGAGCAAUGACAGACGAUAAAGUUGGAGUGGUUGUAAACAUUGACUGUGUGCCCCCGGUCAAGGGGUGAGUUGAGCCAAAUUUCCUUAUCUAAUGUAUCAUAAGUGAAUCGGCCUAGGUCAUCUGAGGUCAACUGAGGUCAACAGAGGUCAGCUGAAAUUGUUAGAGGUCAGCAAAGGUCAGCAAAAAGCAGGAGACAAUAGCCAUUCACUCAAGCCUUAAGUUAACAACGACACCUGGGUUCAUGGAGUUGCUAACCCAAGGAACAAAAAUUGUUAGGUACUGAGCAAAAGCAGCUGAGAAUUCCUGACUUGUAAGCAAAAUACCUCACCAACUCACAUGACAUUUUAACUGGUACAGUACUUACUAAGUAAAUAAGAACUGUGCUUAGCUUAUUCGUGUGCUUAUAUACUCCAUGUAAUUGACUAAAUGAGCUUCAGUGAGUUUCAAUGAACUUCAAAUGUCUGUUGGAGGAGGAAAAUUAUCCUGAAAACUGGAAACAAACUUCUUCUUUUUUUGAAGUUAAACUAUUAAAGAAAUUAACUGAAGCAGGUUUUGAACCUUCAACCUCUAGAUUUCUGUACUGAUGCUCUACCAACUGAGCCAUAUAAUUCCCUUAUUUGUCAAAAAAAAAUUCUGCUUUUUUUUUGGUACUAAUUGAUAACCACCUUUAUUGUACACUUGAUAAUACAAAAGAGAGGUUAAGUUACGUAUUUUGCUAACGUUUACAGCAACGCGUACUCAAAGCUUCGCGUGCGUGAACGUUUUUAAAAAUGCUCUAAAAGAAUCAGGUCCAUAGAGAUUAUGACAGUAUAUUAUGUGACCUCUGAUAAAACUUCAUUGUCAGUCUUUAAUAUUUUGCAUGCAUGAGAAAUGAAGAGGUUUGACCUCCUUUCCUUCACGUUGUGGCAAGCCAGCAGUUGUACAUGUGUGUUGUCGAUCAACAUAUAUUUUUGUGUACGUUCAUGCGUGUAUCAAUGACAGAAUGCUGGUCCUAGGCGUACACGUUUCUGCAAAAAAAACUUUUGACUUAACCUCUCUUUUAUUAGCAGAGGUGACCAUUUAUUCACUGUAAUUAGUUAAAAAAAUUUCCCAUGCAAAGGUGCUGAAGCGACAGGCUCAAUUUUUUGUACAGGUUCUGUUAUGGUUAUAAAGAAUUUACAGCACAAAAAGAAGCAAUAUUAAACAGUUUCCUUGGAUAUCUCAUUCAACUUGGUUUACUUUUUAAGAUUGGAAUCCAUUAUUUUAAACACGAAGAAGCCGUUUAUGGUAAGCAAUACUGUCGCUUUCGGGCAGUGAAAUUUAUCUUGUUCUGCAGUGCUUUUUAUGGAUUGUGUGCCAAAUUUGAUUUUUCCCGAUUUGUACUUGCCCUCUUUUUGUGAGAAUAAAAUCUUGUAUUGCUAUACCUCAUUUAUA